CCCAUCAACCUCAUCACCCUUCAUCUCCUUCUAGCAUCGAACCACUGGCCCAACACCGAGCUCAUUUUCACCAUGUUCACCUGUAUAUCAUGCCGGAUCGCCUUCGAGACUGCAGAGGAGCAACGCUCUCACUUUGGCACAGACUGGCACCGAUACAACAUGAAGCGUCGAGUGGCAAAUCUUCCCCCCGUCGCCGCGCAAGCUUUCAACGAUAAAGUCAUUGAGCGUCGUGAGCAAAAUGCAGUACGCCCCGACCCAAGGGGCAUGUUCUGCCCGUCAUGCAACAAGGCUUUCUCGUCCGAGAACUCGUUCCGCUCCCAUGUUGUGUCCAAGAAGCAUCGAGACCGUGAGGCCAGUCUCGCUCAAGGUCGUUUGCAUCAAGCGGACCAAGGGUCAUCGGCGGCGCCCGUGACAGAGGUCGUUGGGCUUCAAGGAGAACACGCGAGCGACAUUGACAUGCCCUCGACUGACAACCGCCUAGAAACAUGUCUCGUCGAAGAUAUUGACGACGACAGCGAUACCGGCGUCGACAGCGAUAUUGAGGCUCGUAUUGCCGCUUCUCGUCGCCGGAUCAGUCCGAAUGACUGUCUGUUCUGUAACUACCGCUCCACCGACCCUGCGACGAACUUUGAGCACAUGUCGCGAGCACACAGCUUCUUCAUUCCCGACCGCGACCUUCUUGUCGACGUCAGUGGGUUACUGGCCUAUCUUGGCGAGAAGGUAGCCAUCGGCAACCUGUGCCUGUUCUGCCCAAAUGGGGGCAAGGAGUUUGGCAGCCUUGCCGCCGUCCGCAAACACAUGAUUGAUAAGGGUCAUUGCAAGAUCGCUUACGAUACGAACGAGGAUCGCGCUGAGCUUGCGGACUUCUACGAUUUUGAGGGCGAGUUCCUUUCCGAUCAAUCAGAUUGGGAAGAUGUGGACCAGGAUGGAUCUGAGGAUCGAUCGGACGACGAGGUUCCGCGCAUUGCUGGUGAUGGUCUUUCGCUGGUGCUUCCUUCCGGUCGCGUCCUCGGCCAUCGCUCCCUCAAAGUAUACUACGCCCAGCGCUUGCGCCCGGCGCCGGCUGACGCUCACGAUCCCGUCCGAGCAAAGGUCGCGGCUGUUCGCCAACGUCUGGCGGAUCCAGGUGCCGCUUUGGUGCCGGUGGCAGGAGGCCAUGGCGCCUUCGGUCGUGGUCUUGACAUGGUCAAGGCGCGCAAUGCCGGUGAGGCGAAGUGGGCGAAGAAGCAAGGCAAGGCGUUCAAGGAUCAGAAGGCGCGGGAGCAUUUCCGCACCAAGGUCGGUUUCCGUAACAACAACCAGCAACACUUUAGGGACCCUCUCCUUCAGUAGCCACGGUCCGCAGGCAGGUGCAGAUCCGCGGACAGCUUCCAGAUCUCCUUAUGUAAUGUGCACACCCUAACUGGCAUCCUUCGAA